CGGGCGUCCGCUACGCAGCGCUACGACCGGUCAAAACUCUGUGAUAGUGUAGUGGAAUUAAGUGCGAAACAAAAUAGUGGGAUACUGAAUAUGUGUUACAGUGCGAAGGGCCAAGGAGUAAGCUGAUUGGUCAAUUUGACGGCGUAGAAUGAUGGUGCUUUGAGUUGAAAGUGUCCUAAAUGAAAUUUUAAUAAGAGAAUGUAAUCAGAAAAAUUCAAGAUGAAAUGGCGAGUGGCCAGUGGGAUGGGCGUGCCGCUUGCUGCAGCAGUGUUCUUUAUGCUACCGCUGUUCACGUCUUCUACGGGAGAUAUCAGACAUCACGGCACAUCAAGAGCUCGAGGGUGGCGGGGCAGCGUGCAGGCGCCAGCCGAUGUCACAGCCAACAACUCCGUGAGCAACGUGACUGCGCAGCUGGGGGGCACCGCGUACCUACACUGCUUGGUGGGGCACUUGAAUGAACGGGGGCAAGUGUCGUGGAUUAGAAAACGAGACUGGCAUAUCUUGAGCUCUGGGAAAUUCACCUACACAAACGAUGAACGUUUUCAGGUACUACACGGGGAAGGCUCAGAAGAUUGGACCCUUCAAAUUAAGUUUGUGCAGAAACGAGAUAACGGCACCUACGAGUGUCAGGUGUCAACUCGUACCGGGAUAGUGUCCCACUACGUGCGGCUCCAAAUAGUUGUUCCAGAAGCAUUCAUCCUGGGCUCUGGUGAACAUCAUGUAGACCUGGGCAGCGUCAUACAUCUCAUAUGCAUCGUUGAAAAGAGCCCAACCCCGCCACAAUACGUGUUCUGGUACCACAACGACCGUAUGAUCAACUACGACGCAACACGCGGCGGUAUCACCGUGGAGACCGAGCCGGGUGCGCGCACGCAGUCGCGCCUCACCGUGCGCGGCGCGACGCUGCGAGACUCUGGGAAUUACACGUGCAGUGCGAGUAACACCGAACCCGCGUCUAUACACGUCUUCGUUUCGGAAGGGAGCAACAAGAUGGCCGCCAUCUUACGUCGCAACACGAGCGCAAUCCACGGCAUCACAUCCAGUGUGACUUGUAUCCUUCUGCUCGCCUCCGUGCUGAUACACUUCGUCCUGCGAUGACGGUAGACUGGCAGUAUCGCUGGAUAGGUAUAGACUAUAGUUAAAUUAUACUGCAUUUCAUGGUAACAUAGAAUCGAUGUAUGGUCAACUUGAAAUUUAACACCAGACUUGGUAGUACGAAAGUUCAUUCAUUCGUUUGAAAGAAGUUAGUGAAUUAAUUAUUAACAUUCAAAAUUGAGUUCAAAGGUUUUAUUCCAUCAUUUUGUAUACCUAUGGCAUUAAAUGCAAUUUACAAAUAUUUGAAAAAUAUGAAGAAUACAGAACAAAAUCGAUCAUUAUGUGAUAUACUUUUGCUUAUUUCAGUUUCAAAGCGGGUGUCCCUUUUAUAACAAUAAAACUUUAAAUGUAAGUACAGUAUUUUAAAGUUCAGGGUGGUGUUUGAAUGUUUUAAAAUAUAUUUUAUCUUGAAAUGCAGGUUUUAAUUAAUGCAUUAUUAAUAUUCUGACUGAAACUUUUGGUUUUAAAACUAGCUUAUUUGUUUUUUCCGACUGUUCAUACAUACCGACAUAUAAUUAUAUUCGCCCUACAAUGGUAUACCUAUACAUGUUAUUAC